AUGGCGCUAACCCUACAGUCCAGGGCGGUCAGCAAGCGUUGGCUCCGAUCCCAGGGCCGCCGGGCUAUUUCUCAACCCGCAGACGAACCCGCGCCUCGAAAGCUCCAAGAAAACAACCCGCGUCAAACACGCGCAAAUUCGUCCGAACCGGGCAAUGCGCCCACGACUAAGUCUACCUCGCUGCUAUCCGACAUCUGUGAAUGGGAAGAAUCUACCGCGGAACGCGCGCGCCCAACCUGGGCAGAUGCCGAUUCCAUUAGCUCGAAAGAGAACAGAUAUCUCCGGACAAUGAAGCCGAUCGGGCAGUAUCCGUCGCCUGCGGAGUACAAAAGCGUUGGUCUGACGCCUCCUCCAAAACAUGUUCUCAAACGCGCCAAGUUGGCGAUGCGCGAAGGUGAUGGUCCCAUUACGGGGAUUCCUAUCACGCCGGUGGCAGAGGAGGGAACAAUGGAAGCACAUGACGCCGACGAAGUUAUGAGCGGGAUUGAGAGACCGGUUGCCUUAAAUGAGUCUAUUGAAUGCAUUGGCGAGGAGACAAUCGGGGGUUCUAUUGAGGACACACUACUCAAUGGGGACAUUGACGAGGACGCUCUCACUACCAAUCUUGCGACCCCAAUUUCUGAAGCUCUCGACUCCCAUCCCCAAUCUCUCCAUCCUUCUUAUUCUCCUGAACACACACCUCUUGAUACCCCGGUGGAUGAACUCUUGACUGACCCGGUCCUGACUGCUCCUGAAACUCAUCUUACCGCACCAGACACCGACACCGACACCCCCUUGCACCAAACCCAGUCUCCUCCUGCCACCGCCGUUGCAGACGGCAUGGCUCCCAAAAACGGGAAGACCAUGGAUCGUGACUUUGUCGCUGUGCUCAACUCCCUUCCUACUCCAACGUCCGGCAAGUAUGAUGUCCAGUCACUCAAACACGUUGUGGAACUUGCCGUUUCCCAGGCUUCCAAUCGCAGCGACGACGAGGUUGCUUUGAGUCUUGUCUACUACUGGUCGGAUGUCUCUGGCGACGACUUCAAACUGUCGCUGAUUCACAACAUCGGCUGCAGCAACACUGACCACAAUCUUGUACUCGCGCUGAAGACGAUGCUGCGCCACUCUGUCGAUGAUGCAAACGAGUGGUACGAGUCGUACUCUGCAGCUCGCGCCAGAACUCUAACACGCCAGAACAGUGACUCGGAUCUUUCAUCCGCCAAGUCACUCGAGGCUGAGCCUCUUGGCCAGACCCCUUUCAAGGUUGCGGACAUAUACCGUGACACCACUGGGCCGAAGCUCGAAGAGGCUUUUGUCAACGGCAAGACCAACACUGCUCCUCUCAAAAGGCCCAAGAAGCCGUGCCGCGUCAACGAAAACUCGUUCAAGCGUCGUCGCGAGUGGGAAGCAGAUCCUUCUCUUGAAGAAAAUCUACAGAAUAAGCGAACUCGUCUUUCAAAGGACGCCCCGGCUGAAGCCGACGAAGUCGCCCCUAAGAGCAGCUCUGUCCGUCCCAAGCGAGGCGAACCCAACAACAUCGAACAGCCUUACACGACGGGUCGCCCAGCCCGCGAGCGACGACGUCACUCUCUUCCCGCCGCAGGCAUUGCUACCGAUGAAAUUGAAGUGCCCACCAUGGCCCCUCCUACCUCGGCACCUCGCACUCAGCGAACCAUCAAAGAACGACAAAGGCAGAAGGAGAAAGGCAAGCAGCUCCAGGAGGACAAAGAUAGACGUGUAGGAUGGGACGGCCGAGCUCGGUCGCUCUCUGUGGAUCACGCCCUUGACUCCGACGCCUCCAACUCAUGCUACUCCGUCCGAGUUAACAACUGGACUGCCGGUUACGCACGCCGACUGAUGCCUGAGGAAGUUGAGCCACCCGAGAACAGCGAUAACUGUUCCAAGUGUGACCGAGGCGGUAACUUGCUUUGCUGCGAUACUUGUUCCAAUGCCUUUCAUUUCCGAUGUGUCAAGCCCGCCAUGGAUCCCAAAAAUCCGCCUAAGGGCGAGUGGCACUGCGUGAGCUGCGUAGUCCACUUCUGCGCCACGGAGAUGAUCCAGAAGGGCAAGUACAAGAAGAAAACCGAGUAUAACGCGCCCAAGGAAAUCAAAGAAUACUUUGCCGGCGUCGGUGAAAAGAUCCAAGGGGACGCGAGCCAACCGCACAGCCUCAGGAAUGAGCGCUUCUACGAGAGUGUCCCCCACCUGCCGCGGCUGACUAAAGCACCGAAGCGUUCGACGGGUGUCCCGGCGUACAACGAUCCCAAUCUGCUGCGGCUAAUGGAAAAUGGCCAUGUCAUUCUCUGCUCCAAGUGUGGUCUUUCCAGCGAGAAUGUGCGUCCCAUUAUCAAAUGUGACUACUGCCCUAGCCGCUUCCAUCUAGAUUGUCUGGACCCUCCCCGUGCCAACCCCCCUGACCCUUUCAAAGGCUGGAUGUGCCCCAACCAUGUUCGAUCUGAUGAGAUGAUCGUCUCAAAAAUGGUUGAUGGCCGUCUGCAAGAGCGCCGUGUGCGCCGUCCCAAGACUUGCGUUACCGUUGAUGUUGACGUCCUUACCACUGAUGACUUCCGGGAGACCACUUUCGACGAGGACUGGCGCGAGAAGCGAGCCCGUCUUCCUGCUGGCGAUCUCGUCAUGGACUUUGUUUCUGCUGUGCGCGACAACAGCUAUCGCCGCGAGCGAGAGUAUUUUACCAACGUUGCCAACACAGCCAUCACAGUCGCCAAGCAGCUGACGAUGGAGCAUCUGUCCGCCGUGGGCGUCCCGAGCAACGAGACUAGAUUCCCUGUUCAGCUCCAGCAUCAAAUCACCGAGGCUAUUGAAAGCAUGCGCACAGGCCACGUUCCGGAGGAGCAGUUCGACGCUGCCACCUCCCUUCUUGGCCUCGCUCUUGGAGGUCCCAUUUCUAUUCCCCCGGUCGGCGAGACCUCCGCCACCAUUUCGCCUCAGGAUUCUGCAACUGCCACCAAAUCCGAUGAGCCCAUUGCUCAAGAGGUAUCUCAGACCGCUACUCAAACUGUGACUACCGACUUUCCGUCUGGUGAUGCAACCGCCGCCGCUACCAUUGCUGCCGCCGAGACUGAAUCUCGUCCGGAUGAAAUUCCUGCUUUGGCCCCUCGUCCUAAAUCUCUUCCCCGGUCCCGCCGUACCUCUGCAACUCCCAAGGCAGCUACCCGGUCGCGCCAAAAUUCCAAGUCCGGCCUUUCCGAUGGGGAACUUCUUCCCCGAUCUCGGGCGUCUACCCUCAAGCAGACGUCCCUUACCUUCAAAAAGCGAUCUCGCGAUGAGUCCGAAGAACCUGCCAAUAAACACCAGGAGCCGGUGCAGAAGCGCCAGCACACCGACUCAGAUUAA